AUGUCCGGUUUUAAAUCGUUACGCAACGCAAGUGUUAAAUUCGGUAGCGAUAUUCGAGCCGACCUGACCGACUUGUUUUGUGCAAAAGUUGAUGAUGACUUCGAAGAUGUUGUUUCUAAGAAGAACAAGGAUUUGUGCUGUAUAACAUCAAAAUUGCGCUUACUUCAGGCGCAAAUGCUAGCAGGAACACCAGACCUCAAAGAUACACAGAAAACGACAGAUGAAGCAAUUAAUGAUUACGCAGAUGUAGUCGCACCAAAACUUAUUGAACAGCAGUUAGUCAAGGUGUUAACUCAAAAUGAAGCUGUCAAGAAACUUGUCACCACAUCCAAUAGACAUUUGGAGCCAGAGCUUGUUGAAAGAAAGGCCAAGAUAAUCAAUCAAGCUGCUGAGUUCAGUGAAAAAGAAUUGACACUUCUUCGCCUCAGUAAUAUUCUUUCCGAAAAAGAAAGAGAACUUCUAGAAGUAAGAAAAGAGUGGGAUUCUGCCAGAGAACAGUUAAAGAGCAGUCAGAAUAUCGGGAAUAGUGAAGAACAAGAUUUUGGACCCCAUUAUAAGAGCCUGAAAUCCAUAGUUGACAAAAUGGAGAUGAUGCGCUGGCUAAUAUCCAGGCUAGUCACCUCUGGUUCUGGACAAUAUGACUGGGCAACCGAUCCCCACAGACGUAUCCAGGUGCUGGCGUUAACUAGGCAGGCUCAUAGUGUGCAAAGCUUCACAGAUAGUUAG